AUCAACACACAUGUACUCUUUCUAUAUAAUUAGACGACACUUGCCGAAAAUUUUGACAACUCAUUGAUCUAAUUACAGACACAAAAGAUGUGAUGCAUUCAGGGUUUUAGUUCUUAAUCCCCAUGCAUAUACACAAUAAAAUCAGUAAUAAGAAGGAUGAUUUAAAUAUGAGCAUUUCAUCCACUUCUAUGUUGGCUCUAACUUUGAUAUAUAUAAUUAAACAAACAUUUAAUGAAUUACUUUCACUUAUUUAAUGAUCUAUCACAAAAAAAAAAAAAAAAAAAAAAAAAAAAAAAAAAAAAAACCAUAACUUGAGUCAUUUUCAAAUAAAGGAAAGAUAAAAUAAAAUUCCUAACAUUACUUAUCUUGGAAAUAAGGGUACUUUUCUAUUUUAUUUUUACACAUGAAGAAGGAGGAAGGGUGCUUUUCUUUAUCAAUUUGGUGGCUCACAAAUUUUUUAGAAAUUUGAAAAUUUAUUAUUUGAUCAUAAAAAAUGCUCGUACUCACAUAUUUUAUUGCCUUGAAUAAAAUUUAAACAGUAAUGUUACCUAAAACAUAAGGCCAUCCAAGAAAACAAAAUUACAAUGCAAGGCCCACAGUCUUGUCUUGUGCUAUGCUUCACUUGUCAUACCAAGCUAGGCUCCUAAUUUAUGAAGGCCCACAAUCUUUACUAUUCAUUACCUCAUAAUCUUUUAACCACAAAUUUCAAUAUUUAUAAAAAAUUUUAAUUUUAAAUUUCUAUCACCCUUUUAAAUUAUUUUCAUAACAAACCAAACUUAUUUAAUUCUCAUAAUUUGGUGAAAAGAAUUUCAUAGAAAAUGACCAUAAUGCUGUCAAAGAUGAAGCUUCAAACAAACACAAUUGUCCCCCUUUUUAUUUUUAUAAUUUAAUUUAUUAAACUAUUUAUAAUUAUAUAUAUAUUUUUGAGUUAGUGCAAAGUAGUUAAGCAAUGGAGUAGAAAUAAGCAUUGAGAAAGACAACUCUCCCAAUAGUUGGUUCCUUCAAGACAAACCCUUCUCACCAAACAAAACCCUUAAACAAAUUUUUACAACAAAAUCUUCAUCAUAAAAUCAUAAAUGAUGCUCUGUUUUUCCCCUGUUUCUUUAUAUUUCCUCUGUUUUCCACUGUUUUUUUCAACUCACGAUUAUAAACAAGCUCUAACUAAUUCUUUGCUAUACUAUGAAGCUCAAAGAUCAGGCCAAUUGCCUGCUCAACAACGUGUUACAUGGCGUGGUGACUCGGGUUUGAAGGAUGGCCAGGAUGCUGGUGUUGAUCUAGUAGGAGGAUACUAUGAUGCAGGAGACAAUGUAAAAUUUGGACUCCCAAUGGCAUUUACAGUAACACUACUAGCAUGGAGUGUAGUUGAGUUUGGCUCCCAACUUGAGGCCCAAAAUGAGCUCCAAAAUGCAUUGGCUGCUGUCAAAUGGGGCACUGACUAUUUCAUCAAAGCACACCCUCAGCCCAACCUCCUCUACGCUGGUGUUGGAGACGGGGACUCCGAUCAUCAGUGUUGGCAGAGGCCUGAGGAUAUGACCACACCAAGGACGGUCUACAAGAUCGACGAGUCUAGCCCUGGCUCUGACUUGGCUGGUGAAACCUCGGCUGCUCUCGCCGCUGCUUCCAUUGCCUUCCAGCAUGUUGAUCCUAAAUAUUCAUCUUUGCUUGUUACUCAUGCCAAACAGUUAUUUGAUUUUGCAAAAAGUCACCAAGGAAAAUAUUCGGAUAGUAUUCCAUCAGUAGGACAAUUCUACUCAAGCACUGGUUUUCAGGAUGAAUUAUUAUGGGCAGCUGCAUGGCUACAAAGAGCCACUGGAGAUAAAAUCUACCAGGACUUCCUUGAGAGCUUUCAGGGUAAUGGUGGUACUAGAUCCAUGUUCUCGUGGGAUGACAAAUUCGUCGGUGCUCAAAUUCUUGUCGCCAAGUUUCCAAGCAGUGGGAAUUUGGGAGCAAACAAAGAUGAAGCAGAGCAAUUCCUGUGUAAUUGUAUACAGAAAGGAAGCAGCAACAUUUACAAGACAAGUGGUGGAUUAUUAUGGUUUAAUGAAUGGGAUAAUCUCCAAUAUACAAUUUCUGCUUCUUUGGCCAUCACAGUUUAUGCUGAUUAUCUCUCUGCCACGGGAAAAUCACUAACAUGCUCAUCUUCCUUGGUUAAUCCUCCUGAACUCAUUGCUUUUGCUCGAUCACAGGUUGACUACAUAUUAGGAGCCAACCCAAAGAGCACAAGCUACAUGGUGGGUUAUGGGUCAAACUUCCCACAAAAGGUGCAUCAUAGAGGUGCCUCAAUUGUGUCUAUCAAGAAGGAUCCAACACCAGUUGGGUGUAAAGAUGGGUUGGAUUGGUUUCACAAGGAUCAGCCUAACCCGAAUGUUUUAGUCGGGGCGAUUGUAGGUGGUCCAGAUAAAAAUGAUAACUAUGGUGAUGAUAGAAGUGAUUUUCAGCAGGCUGAAGCAGCCACUGCGAACUCUGCUGGCCUUGUUGGGGUGCUUGCUAGGAUCAGCUAA